UGUUAAAUCAAAGUCAAAUCUUAUAUUGAAUUUAAUAGAAAUUUUAAUUAUUUUAAAUCAUCCCGUUUAAAGAUUUUUAUCAUGUCUAUCGUAAAAAUAGUUCACCACGAUGAAGUUAUUUACACUAUAUUGGAUAAACCUCCCCCAGAGCCACCAAAGACACCAAGGUAUGAAUCGCAAUUGGAGAAACAACUUAAAGAGAUGAAGAUACCGCAGCUGCGGCGAACUUUUGGAUAUGCAGAGACACCAUUGAAAGUCCCCGAUCAGUUUUUAAAGAAAGGAGAGGGACUUGGUCAACCAAUGAAAAAGUCUGAUCACAAAUGCAUUGCAAGUGGAAGUCUACCACCAGUGCCAAAGUGUCCUCCACCUGGGAAAAAACCCGAGAAACCGAAAACUAAUUUCAGAGUCCUUAACAUCAAGAAAGUAAUAAAGACGAAGCCCUUACUCGUAGAACCGAGGUUGGUAGAUACUAGAGAUGGUCAUACGAAAAAGAUAAAAGGCUCCGGAGAAGUCCCAGAAUUUUGCUUAAGAAAGGACUUUGGACAAAUGCCUGAAUAUUUAGUUAAAAGAAAUAGACGAAUACAAAAGGAGUUGGAUAAAAUUAGAUACGCCGAAGAGAAUAAGGAGAGCCUAUGUAAGCUUAUUAACGAAGAAGAGAGAUUGGAACUGCUGAAAGACUUAAAAUACAAUUGGCAGCUACUACAGAAAGCUUUCCUGCAACUCCCAAUAUUAACAGAUACCAUUCCAAAAAUACAUCGAAAGACGAAAAUGGAGCAAGAGUUAAAACAAUUGGAAAAAGACAUAGCAUUAGUAGAAUCUAAUCCUUACAUUUAUAUCUAUGAAUAA